GGCCAGAAUCAGCAGCUUAACGUCAUCAUAGAGGAGGGGCUAUGUAAAUUUAGCAGAAUAAUGUAAAGGGAUGCUGCCUGCUAUUUCCACUUGCCCAUCAAUAAAAUCUAGGGGGGAAAUCGUCGACUCAAAUUGCUGAAUUAAAAAGAAAAAGGAUAUCAUAUUCUCUCAUCUCUAGGCAUUAGUCCAGAAUAUAUGGAACAUGGCAUCGAAAUGUCCUAAAUGCGACAAGACGGUUUAUUUUGCGGAGAAGGUGACAUCUCUGGGGAAAGACUGGCACAAGUUCUGUCUGAAAUGUGAGCGCUGCAACAAGACCCUGAACCCAGGGGGCCAUGCUGAGCAUGAUGGAACACCCUACUGCCACAAGCCAUGCUAUGCUGCCCUCUUUGGACCAAAAGGUGUGAACAUUGGAGGUGCUGGCUCUUAUGUCUACGAGGCUCCUGUCAACGAUACAACUGCCAGUGUUUCCACGGAAACAGAGGCCAAACCUGAGGAGAAGAAAGCUCACGCCAGAGGCCCAGUGAAGGCUGCAAGCUUCUCAACUUUUUCUGGAGAGCCCAGUAAAUGUCCAAGGUGCAGCAAGACAGUGUAUUUCGCUGAGAAGGUAACGUCCCUGGGGAAGGACUGGCAUCGACCCUGUUUGCGCUGUGAGAGGUGCUGCAAGACCCUUGCCCCGGGAAGCCACGCAGAGCAUGAUGGGCAGCCCUACUGCCACAAACCGUGCUAUGCCACCCUGUUUGGGCCCAAAGGGGUGAACACUGGAGGUGUUGGGAGCUACAUCUACGAUGAACCCAGCGCUGAGGCAGAGACUGAGGCCCAGCCUUGAGUCUACCCAUACCCCCCCACCACCUCCACCUCCAGCCAGACCGCUUCAACAUUAGCUCACUCACCUCAUGCCUUGUUACUAUCACCAGUCUUAGAUAGACUCACCCUAUCUGUAUUUCCAACCUGUCCCUACACUUUCUACUCUGCCAGAUGAACUAUUUAUUAUAGUCUCCUUUAGGUUAUUCAGCAUCUACAGAAACCAAGUGUCAAAUAAUACAUGAUAAAUAUUUAGAAUGUUCUGUUGUAUUUCGAUAUUGUUUAUAUACCUCUACUUUUUGUAUUGAAAUGAAUCUUUAUAGCUAACUUCUCCCCUGUGGAAUGUACAGUAGGGUCAUCGGUGACUCCUUCCUCAUUGUUCAUGUCUCUCCAAGAUGCCAAAUCAACAGAAUUGUGUGUAAGAUGUACAGUAUAAUGUGUAUUAAAUGAAAGCCACCAUAUGGUUUGACUCGACACAAUACAGCACAGACGUAGUGAGGGAAAGAUGAGGGGGUGGUAGGCCUACUGUUUUUCAUUCCCUGAAAAUAAUGUAAUUUGUCUGUGCACCUAUAAAGACAUGACAUACACAACUGUCAUGAUGAUUUCCAAGCUAUCCGCUAUAGGCCUAUUCAGUAUGUUCUUGCCAAGCUCACCCUGUGUCAGGAUGAUAGUGUAGAGACAAAAUAGAUAGAGCAUACUAGGAAUGUGCAUUAUUGUUAGCCUAUUGUUGGUGAUUGAUUAUGUUUUGUACUUUGGGUCUUUGUGCACCAAAGGUGUGUUACUUAAGAACAGGGGUCAUCAGAGGUUUUCUACAAUAAAGUUGUGAGAACAUGAAA